AUGGAUCAACAUCAGAAUCAGCCUCAAGAUGGAGUUGGCAAUGGCCAAGGAGUUGACAACCUUAGGCCACAACACCCACAGCGCCAAGCUAGAGCUAUUGGCACACAUGAUGAGCCCAAUAUCCAUGGGCAUAGAGCUGGCAUCAGAGCACCAGCUGUGGAAAACAACAACUUUGAGAUCAAGUCAAGCUUGAUAAACAUGAUCCAGAGCAACAAGUACCAUGGUCUUGCCUUGGAGGAUCCACUAGACCACUUGGAUAACUUUGAUAAGCUGUGUGGAACUACAAAGAUCAGUGGUGUCUCUGAAGAUGCAUUCAAGCUAAGGUUGUUUCCAUUCUCUUUGGGAGACAAAGCUCACACAUGGGAGAAGAGCCUUUCAAGAGAUUCAAUCACCGCAUGGGAUGAGUGCAAGAAAGCCUUCUUCACCAAGUUCUUAUCUACUUCAAGGACUGCUAAGCUAAGGAAUGAGAUCUCUGGAUUUCAUCAAAGGAAUCUUGAAGGCUUUGGGGAAGCAUGGGAAAGUGAUGAGCAUGAUAGAAGCAACAGAGGCAGUGGAGGUGAUGAUACAAACACCAAGAGAGAGUCAAAGGCUCUACAAGAAAAGAUGGAUAUGCUUCUCUUGGAUAGAGUUAAACAAGAGAAGGUGAACUUUGUGGGUGAGAAGAAACAAGAAGGGACUGUUGUGCUUAAUGAAGUUAAUGGUCUAGAAGCUUUGGAGAACCAGUUUGCUUCAAUGAGUAGUAACUCCAAACGUCCUAUGGUAUCACUUCCCGGAACUUCUGAGCAAAACCCCAAGGAGACAAUGAAAUCAAUCACCCUAAGGAGUGGUAAACAAUUUCCUCCUAGAACUCUCAUUAGGGAUAAUGAGAAGCAAGGUGGGGAGAUGGUCAUCAAUGUGGAUGAUGAUGUAGUUAUUGUGGAUGAGAAAACCAAUGAAGAGAUCUUGGAGAAGAUAGUUAAAGCUAAAGGGAAAGGAAAAGUUGGAGAAGAGAAGAAGGUUGUGAACAAGAAUGAAGCUGCUACUUCAUCAAAAGGAGCUCCAUUCAUUCGUCCUCCAUAUGAAGCAAAACUUCCCUUCCCUGGUAGAUUCAAGAGACAACUUUUGGAGCAAUACAUGGCCUUGUUUGAGAAGCAAAUGAGUGAAGUUCAGAUUACUAUGCCCAUUAUUGAUGCCUUCAUGCUAGUGCCUCAGUACAGCAAGUUCCUCAAGGAUGUUGUAAUCAAGAAGAAGAAAGAGAUGGAAGGGAUGGUAGUCCUUACCCAUGAAUGCAGCGCCAUUAUACAUCGUUUAACCAUCCCCAAGAAGCUUGAAGAUUCAGGAAGCUUCACUCUACCUUGUGCCAUUGGGCAAUUGGCUUUUGAGAAGUGUCUAUGUGAUUUGGGAGCAAGUGGGAGCCUUAUGCCUCUCUCCAUUGCAAAAAGGUUUGGGUUUACACAAUACAAGAAGUGUAGACUCUCUCUUGUGCUAGCUGAUCGCUCAGUGAAGAUUCCCAUUGGUAUCCUAGAAGAUAUCCCUGUUACUGUUGGAAAUUGUCAGAUUCCUACAGAUUUUGUGGUGUUGGAGAUGGAUGAAGAACCAACAGAUCCUUUGAUAUUGGGGAGACCUUUCUUGGCUACAGCAGGAGCUAUUGUGAAUGUUAAGGAAAGGAAGAUUGAUCUUCAUCUUGGCAAAGGGAACAUCCUGCCUUUUGAUAUCAAAGAGGUGAUGAAGAAGCCCACUACCCAAAGCCAAGCAUUCUACAUUGAGGAGAUGGAAGCUUUAGCGGAAGAGUAUUUGGAGGAAUUAGCUAUUGAGGACUCUCUUCAACAUGCCCUAACAGUUGAUUGA